CGAAACUCGCGCUCCGCAGACUCAAUAGCCCAGAGAUCCCACGUGGUGUGUACCAUUCGAAACAUCGCGAAUUCUACAUAUUUCCUCUUCUUCUGGAACGUGGUCGCAGUCGGUUUGCUUCGAAGUUGCUCGUCACGCCGAACGAGAUCGCGAUAAAGGGUGAUAAGUUGUUCGGCAUUGUCUUGUUCUUUCGAAACAACCCUUUGUCUCGGCGCAACACGGGAAGAAGAGUUGUGAUCGGUGAUCGGUGAUCGAUAGUCACGGGUGGUGUUGGACGAGUUUCAGUGAAAAGAACAGUAAGCUGGCGUUGACUGUUACUGUGGAAAGCGAGAACACGGGUGGCAGAUCGGAGGAAACGUUAAUUCGACGAAACUCUGCUUGUUGUAUUAGAAGAAUGAGUAAGGGCUGGAAGGGUGCAAAGGACUUCGUCGGCUUCGAAGAGGUGACGAAGGUCGAGUUUCUGGUGAUGCUGUUCGCCGAGGCUCUAGGAACCUUUCUUCUGGUGUUGAUCGGUUGUGCAUCCUGUGUCACAUGGGAGCCGGGUUCUCCACCCACGGUGGUGCACAUCGCGUUCACCUUUGGCCUUGCGGUCGCGAGUUUGGCACACGUGCUGGGACCAAUUUCAGGCUGUCAUGUGAAUCCAGCGGUAUCGCUCGGUCUCUUAGUUAGCGGAAAUUGCAGUUUCCUGAAAGCAUUAUGUUAUAUAGUUUGUCAAUGCUGUGGUGCGAUUGCAGGGUCCGCAGUUCUGAAGGUAUUAAUACCCGCAAGCGCAAGUGCCCUCGGUUUGGGAGUCACGUCGCUCCACUCGCAAGUAACCGAGAGCCAAGGCAUCUUCAUAGAAGCGAUAGUGACAUUUCUGCUGCUGUUAGUCGUGCACGCCGUAACAGACCCAAAACGAACGGACACAAAAGGAUGGGCACCAAUGGCGAUCGGUUUAACCAUCACCGUCGCCCACAUGGCUGCUGUUCCCGUAACAGGAAGCAGCAUGAACCCCGCCAGAUCACUGGGACCCGCAGUUAUCCUGGAUUACUGGGAACAUCACUGGGUUUACUGGAUCGGACCUAUCCUCGGAGGAUGCGUCGCCGGUGUGCUCUACAAAAUGGCGUUCAGACGAAAGAAAGAAGACGACGAGGCAUCCUACGAUUUCUAAACGAAAGAAACACGAUUUGUGAUGCAAUCUUCUCGACAGGGAACGAACCGAAAUUUCUUACAAUACUCCGUAAUUAUAUAUAAACGAUGUAAAAUAUUGGCGCUGUAAAAACGUGACGAAUUCAGAAAAGUUCGUUCGGUUUGGGGAAAUAUGAGAUUAAUGGACGGAGCGUGAAACGCGACUGACUGGAUGUUUGAGGCUGGACAAGAAGGGAUGUUCUAUUUAUUAUACUGUACAGUUUAAGCGAUUUUUCGACGAAUAUUUAACACGACUAGUUUAGAGAAUUAAUGUCACUUGGAUGUGCUGAGGGAAUGUGUACAGUGAUGAGGUGAUUUGAGAUCUGUAAUUUUUAGGGGGAGAUGUUGGGAGAUUGGAUAUUGUUCGGAAUCUUGGAUUUAUUGCACUUUCGAAUUCUCAGUUUGGAGAUUUGGAAAAUUGGGAGCUUAAUUUGGGGAAUUGGCGAUGUGGGAAUUUAGAAAUUUUGAAAGGGGAGUUUGGAAUUUGGGGUGUUGGGAAUUUGAGGUGUUGGCAAUUUGCAGAGAUUGGAAUUUGGGGUGUUGGGAAUUUGAGGUGUUGGCAAUUUGAGGAGAUUGAAAUUUGGGGUGAUAAGAAUUUGGCGAGACUGGAAUUUAGGGUGAUAGGAAUUUGGGGAGAUUGGAAUUUGGGGAGACUGGAAUUUAGGGUGAUAGGAAUUUGGGGUGAUAGGAAUUUGGGAAGACUGGAAUUUGGAGAGA